AUGGAUGUUGGCGACGACAACUGGUUUUGGGCAGAGCUGCAGGAAUCCCAUGAGGUGCGGGACUCCUUCGAGCGCCUGGCAGAGACAUUGGAACCCGCAAGAGUGGAUUCCAAGCACGAGCAGGAUGUGGUCGAUGCGGUGAGACACUGCGCUGAGGAGGUGUGCCGCAGCCCUGUCACACUUGCGCCGAUGGGCUCGACGUUCCGCGGGACGGAUCUGAUCAAGGCCGGUGGAGAGCAGAGCGAUGUCGAUUAUGCCUUGACGGUGGAAGGCAAGACCACUGCAGAAGCUGACUACAAGGAGCUGGCACGAAGGCUAGAGCAGCAUCCCAUGUUUCACGAGGUGCGGAUGGGAAGAAUCGCGAUAUCCUUCAGAACCCGCGGUGAGGGUUCGAGCGCAGAUGUGGCCUGGGACAUUGUGCCGACGAAAGGCAGCCACUUCAACUGGGAGCUUUUCAACUUCCCUUCUAUCUGGCACCGCAUCGAGUCGGGCCCUCGCUGGAGAGCCUGGCAUUCUGGCAGAUUGCAGCUCGAAGCAGUCUCGGCUGUGAGGCAUAGAAAGCUAACGAUCGUGAAGUGCUGCAGGCGCUCCCUCUCCCGCCCAGCUCAAAGGUCCGCGCCAUCCGACAGGGCACAGGUGGAGGGCUUCCUGUGGCAUUUCUUCCGGGAGCAGCCCGGCGCAAAGGGCGCACGUAGCACGGCCCGUGUGCUGAAACGCAUGCUGUCCGCGAUCCCCGGCUUCAUCCUCGAGCUCCUGCUGCUUUUCCUGGACUCCCAGGACCAGCGGAUCCUGGACGAAGACCCGACGGGCCUGAAACUGUUCCAGCGCGCCAUGGAGGCCUUCAAGCUGUACCAGCUAAAUUACGAGACGAACCCGCUGAUCCUACUGCUCAAAGAUGCGGCGCAGUCCGGGAAGGACAGGCACAGGGAGCUGAAGGAAGCUUUCUCAGCGGCCAGCCAGUCAGUCCAAGCAUUCUACAACAAGGAGUGCUGCUGUGUUCCGCGUCCCGUCUGGCAGCUGAUCGUGCGCAUCGUCCAGACUGCGUUGUUCACCAUCUUGUCCCUCGUCUUCUGCAUCUUGUUCUGGUUCGCGGACAAAGAGAGGCAGUUCUCGCAGCAGAACUGCCAGACGGACUCAUGUCUCUGCAACGACUGCAACCAACAGGCUUGGAGACGCUGGUGGCAAGAAGGCCAGGGAUCCGCCUGCCACUUCGGCUACCUUGCCAUGGAGCGGUGCUGGAUACGCUUCGUCGUACGCAUCUGGCGGCUUAGCAUGGUGCUCCUGGUCAUGGGCUGCGUCCUUUUUGGACGAGUCUCCCGGAGGAGCGAUGCCUUGCAUGUUCUGGUCUUGCUGGCCUCCAUGUGCCACUUCCUAUCCCACUCCUCGGACUUGUGGCCCAACCCGCGGGUGUGGAUGUCUUGCCUGUUUCUGGACCUGGCAGACACUUUGCGCCUUGUGGCUUCGCUGCUGGUCGUCGUCCGAUGCUUGAAGGAUCCGCUGGGACCGAGCCAGUGGGAUCUCUCCGAGAACUUCUCCCCCACAGUCGCAGCAGUUGCCGCCGCGAUGGUUUUCUGGCUUCUGGCUUGGCUCGCUCGCUGGCUCUGCACCUCCAUCACCUUCGAAGACCUCAUAUUUCAACAGCAUCACUUCUUCAAUGCCGUCUGCAUUGUCGCAAACACCCUCUUAGCCCUCUUGUGCUUCGUUGCAUUGAGUGCUGAACAUAGACGGAAGCACGAGAAGCUCCAGGGCCGCAAGCAUAGCGAGCUCAUCUUGCGGCCCAUUGCGCUUUGCAAUCUGCUGCUCCAGCUGCUGUGGUGCAGCCUCGUGGGUGCGCAUCUCUGCAUGGGCAUACUUCAACCAGGCUCAUUCUCCCAGUGGAGCUUUCUGGCAAACAUCCUGAAGACGAAUGCAGGACUCCUUCAUUUCGUGCUGCUGCUCCGCUUCGCUGAUGCCUUUGCGGCCGCCGGCCGCCCGUUCACCCCAGUGCCUUUUCUCGUCCCGAUCCGGCAGGCUUCCUAA